AUGCCACUGAAGUGUUUUAUAUGAGGACAUAUUAAUUGCAGAGUACACAUAUCGAAAUAUUUUGAGUUCGCAAAGGAUAGGAGGAAAAUCUUGUUUAAUUUAAUUAAAUGCGAAGCUGAUGGAAAAAUAUAUGAGAGCGGGAUAGUUGAUGAAUAUACUUGAAAGCUUAUAUCAAAAUCAGUGAUCAGCUGAAGAGAUUCUGAUCAAGUUUAUUGCUAUUAA